GUCUCCUCCUUCUGUUCUUCUCUGGGUCUUCUUCUUCCUCACGGUGCAGUUGCUCUCCACAAAGCACCGGCGAUCACCGGCGGCGACGGCGUCCGACAGCCAGCAGCUCUGCAGCAAUUUUUUCCAGGGGAAAGCAAGCGCGCGUUGGGCCUGGCCUUAGCCCAUCAUUCUAUGGCAGACCGCACAUAUACAUAGCGGUGAGCCCAACCUGGCCGCCCCCCCCACAUAGGGUUCGCGAGAGAGAUUGUAGAUCAGAGAUGCGACGGUUGCCCCGCCGUCAGCCGUGCGCCGAGCUCCUCCGCCGUCACCCCGUCGCCGCCCAAGCGCUCCUCUUAUGAGGAUCGAGCGGUGUUCCGGUAGUAGAAUUUCCCAAAUAAGCAGCUCCUUUGUGAGCUGCAAUCCGGAAUCGGAUCAGCUCCUUUCUGAGCUGCAAUCCGCAAUCAAUCGGCUCCUUUGGGAGUUCAAAUCCUUCUCGGCUCGUUUUGAACGAGCGGCAAUCCGACGUCAAUCCUUUUUCGGUUUAGAUUUUGCAAGGAGUUCAAAUCCUUCCCGGUUUCAACCUCGGACUUGCGCUAGCUGCCGCUAUAAAUCUGAGUUGCCGCCAACAGAGAACACAAGGGAUUCCUAGGAGAAGACCAGCAACUCACGAGUCAUCAAGCGGCAGAUUUCAUCUUCGGCAGAUCAAUUUGCGGGGGCCAUGGAGUCUCCAGGUUGCCAGCGCAAGGGGAAGCCUGGGCAGUCAUCAAAUUUUAGAGGAGAGCAGCAACUUAUAAGACAGCAGAAGACCUCCAUGGGCAAACCUUCCGUCAAGGGCCGCAGCAGUUCUAACCGAUGGUCCUCCAUAGCCAUGCUGGAAGGCGAUGAAAGAGCCUUGCAACAUGAUUGGCUCAGCAAUUUACCAGAUGACUUGUUACUCAACAUCAUAGAGCGACUUGAUGUUGCAGAUGCCAUGAGAAUCAGUAUCCUCGCCCGACGGUGGAAGCAGAUCCCAACUAUGCUCUCCAAAAUUCUUAUAAUGGUUGGUUCCACUGACAACGUGCAAGAGAGGACCUGUGAUGCUGCUCGGGCCAAUGCAACCGUGCUUGGAGCAACCAGGAGGCUUGUGGAAAGCAGGAUUGCAAGUCCAUACACCAUCCACCGCUUGUGCAUGCAAUUCUUCUUAGGAAAUAAAUACAAAAAAAUUGCCCGGAUUGUUGCCAAAACCAUAAGAAAACAAAAGGUUGGUUUUGCUGAGUUCACAAUCUUGACAGAGAAGGAAUCUUACAGAAGCAGCCCUGCCGAUAGGUUCGCUUAUGGGAGGCAGCUCAAGAAAUUUAUUCUUACUUGUCCUAACGCAUGCCCUCGUCUCACACGACUCAGUCUAGAGAAUUUGAGGCUACUCCAACCAGAUUUAGCUUGCAUUCUCCAACUGUGCAAACGACUGGAGUUCCUCCGCUUGGACAACUGUGAUGUGGGGUAUCGGUCCACGCUAGCAGUGGAACACCCGCGACUCCGUGAGCUCGAGAUUGUCAGGAGUGAGUUUGAGAGGGUUGAUCUAAACUUUCUGCCAGAGCUCACAACGCUGACUUAUUCUUUUUGGCUGUCUCUGCAUGACCCGUUGUCUUUUGGUUAUGUCCCACUACUCCACACUGUGAGCAUUAGUAAUACUUGUCGUUCAUGGCACAAGAUGCUCAAGUUAAGUGAAUUUCUUGGGAAAGCCACUAUAAGCAACCUGCAUCUGGGCUUUGAAAGAGAAAAGAUUUGGGUUAAACCUGAAGAUCCGAGAGAAUUGUGGCAAGUGUUCAGCAAACUAAGGCUUGUUAAUUUGGCUGCCAUUUCAGAAGAAUGCGAUCUGAUGUGGACCUUGUUUGUUCUACAAGGUGCACCUUCCCUCGAGGAGUUAUGCAUCAGGGUUUGUGAUUGUUUGGGGGUAUGGGAUGAGGAGGAGAGGAAGAAGCUCGGGUAUAGCGAGGAGAGAAAGGACAUCGGUGCAAAAUGGGAAACAUGUGAUUUCAAGCACCACAAACUUGCCGUGCUCAGGAUCUGUGGGUUUCAAUCAGAAACCAAGUUCGUGGAUUAUAUCACAACUGUCAUGAAAGCAGCAGUCAAUCUGAAGGACAUAUACCUGCACGAGAAGCCAGCAUGUGAGGAGAAGUGUGCAUACAGCCGACGACAAGGUGACAGAUUUCCCAAGUCAAGGAAGCAGAAGAUCUGUGUUAGGAACAGCUUGGAUAUGCAUAUGCGCCCCCUGUUAAGGCUUCACUUCCUAUUUUGAGAAGAAAAUAAUGAAGUUUUGUUUCUGCUGGAUAACAUGGAAACACGCGUGCCUGCAUUUUGUGUUUUCGAAGACUUGUUUUGUCUCUCAGUACGGAAGUGACUGCAUAUAUAUUGUAUUAUUAGUAGUAUUUAAAAUUAAAACACAGCCCCAUUUUGUUCUA